CGCGAGAAUCAUUUUUGGUGGGUUAGAGGAAUGUCGCAUUAAGAAACCGCUUGUACAGUCAUUCUCGAAAUCGCCUUGACCAAUAUACACUCUGUAACUUUUCUCUUGGCCCACUGCCAAGGCCUUAGUGCUAAUCAACUGUCCACGUUUAGCGGGGCAUUCUUCCUUCCCCGCCCGGCAUUGCCCCUUCAUUUCUCAGUUCUUUCAAAUCGCUUUUUUCAAGAAUCUCGUGUCUAGGUACUUUUUACAAGGCCCAAGAUGUGCGAACCUCAGAAUCUAUUGCACAGACGUCGAAAGUAUCCUUUAGAAGUAUCCGAAGACGAAAGAAUUCUGGAGGGAACGGCAUCUACUUUGCUUAGGCUACGUUUUUCGAUUUUGGAAACACUGCGAACGCACGGAACCUACGAGGACUUGCAAACAUUUCAGCAGUUUAUUAAAGACGAUCUGGACAAAAUUACCCGUGACGGUUCCCCUGAGUCGCUUCCAUUCAAAAUACGUGUCACCAAGUACGCGAAGAAUCUCUCUAGCGAGGACCUUGAUCGGAUAGUCUCCAAGCCUAUCAAGAGCGAUUGGUACCGUGAUGCGAUACAUAUGCGGAUUGCCGCUUGUGAGACGGCCAGGGAAGAAGAAGAAGUGCAGAACUUUCAAUUUUUUGAUGAAACACAUUAUUGCGCUCAGGACUCAGCUUAUAAAGAGUUGCGUGAUAUAGUGGACAUAUCAGAAACCCUAUGCAUGCAUGUCGAAAAGGCAGCCGCGAGUGGAUGUCUUCAAAAGCAUAUUAAGUUUCUCAAAGAGCAAUUGCAAAAAAUGCACGAGAAUACAGAAGAAGGCCGUGAAUAUUUGGGUAUUGAGCACAAGCCACUAGGUUUCCCAAAUGAUGCUGGUCAGGAGAAAAUACCAAACGGCCCUUCAAAUAGUCCACGGAUUACUAGCAUUGAACAGCCAAAGGCAAGAUCCGCUCUUGCUUUUCUUGUGCCUGUUAUAUGCACCCUUUCAGCUAUUCCCGCUUAUUUCGCUUGGGAUCAUGCAGAGAAUAAUCCAGGAAGAGCAACAGAUUCGAAUUUUCUUCAGCUUUUGGCAUCUGCUCCAAUUCAACUCCUUGGGAUAUUUACCGCACUCUGGCCGAUAAUCAAAAAUUUUCGACCUGAUCGUGCUGCCUGGAUACAAUCUUGGACGUUAGCAAUCUUAAGUUUCUGCUUGACUAUUGCUGCAGUUCCGCUUUAUCUUCUUGCGUCAGCAUCAUGGAGUGCGAUGUCACUUUUUGCUGGAUCUUUUAUGCAGUCCUUUUUACAACUGCAACUCAUUCUUGGGAUACCUAGGCAGAAAGUCCAUGAAGACUAGGCCAAUAAUAUCACGGACAAGGCGGGCAAGGAAAGCGUGUCUUACGAGAUAUAUGUGCUGUCUUGUGCUGACGGAGAUCGACACUGCAUUAUGGACAAUAGGAUGGGUGUUCUUGCAAUGCCCUGACGCAUGAGGCUCUUCCUAGACUACUUAGGUGGGAAAGUGAUUUCAAUUAGGAGAUAUUGCAAACACAUGUGGGGGGAAGAAAUAAGUAACAAUUUAGUCUGCAAACCCAUCAAGAGCGCUUGUCGCAUUAAGCUAUAUAACUAUACAAGGCCCCUAGGAUGUAUAGUUCAAAGAAUGAACUAGUUGGCCGUAAGCGAACUCCUAGAAUAGCCCCAGGAUCUCCGCAAUAAAGAAGCUACAUAACAUAGUACGAAGGAAGGAUUGCAGUUCUCAUACUCACGACAAGAUCCUAUGAGAUUUUAUAAUCUUUUCGUACGGAUAGGCAAUAUUGCGAAAUCAGAGA